AUGAAAGAUGAUAACUUCGAUUUCUAGGCAUUAAGAUCUGAUCAUGAUUAGAAUGACUGGGGCACCUCCUCGCCUAUAAAAUCAAGAAGCAGGAAAUCAUCUCUAGUCAAUUCUAGUUUUGAUAAUUUAGCUUAAAAUGAAGAGGAAGAAAAGGAACUAGAAUCGUUUUUUACUUAAGAAAAGAUAUUUAUUAUACUUACGAACUCUGGUAAACCAGUUUUUUGCAAUCAUGGAGAUAUAUACAGUCUAUCGCCUAUUAUUGCAACGAUGUAUGCUAUUCUAUCAAAGAUAUAAACACUUAAAACCCCUGAAAAAGUAAAUAAAUUCAUGGAGCAAGAUAUUGAGGACUAGAAAUAGCAAGAGAGUAAUAGAUUAACAGUUAAGCUGCAAAAUAGAAUAAGCUAAACAAUUUGGAAAAGAAGAGAAGAAGAAAAUACUAACACAACUACUUAGCCUACUGAUCAAGACUAACUUUUAACUUCUCUAUUACCUUAGGAUCAAUUUUCAAUUGAAAAUGACGAGAAAAUAUCGAGGAUUCGUUCGUUGAAUACACUAAUAUCAAAUUUCAAAGUAUGCUUUUUGCAUAAGGGUGAUUGUUUAAUCUACAUUGGACUUUCAAAGGAUUAAAAUGAGUCAUAGACUGCUGUGAAAAGAUAACUUGAAAAUCUGCAUAGUCAAUUGAUUUCAUUGACAACUUAAAACUUGAUUAAAAACUUGAAGUUAAACCCUAGCUAUGAUGUUAUAUCAAAUAUCAUAGAUCAUCACUAAUUAAUUAACAAUCAUUUGAUUAACCUAAAUAAAGAUCCAUAAACAUUUCUGAACUAAUACUUACCGCUAAGAUUGCACUAAGACACAAAGCUAGCAAUUGAAUAGGUUGUAAAAAGAUUUAAAUUUUUAUUAGGAAACAUUUACUAUUAUGGUCUUGUAUUGGCUGAAAGAACUGUUGUGACUACUAUUAAAGAUGACUCAAGGAUAGUAAUUUUGCCUUUAGCUGAAUAAGGGUAAAGCUUUGAUCCAAUAUGUCUCCCAGGGAUGAGUGAAAACUUUAGAAUAAAUCUCUUCACUUACUUUGAAUAGGACAGUGUGCUGAAGAUUGUAUUUGUAACGGAAGAGUCAACUCCUGAAAUUGGAAAGCUAUUAGAACAAUUCUGCACUAGCACAAUAUAUUCUUUCAAGCAACUUGGUAUUAUUGAUAACGUAUAGGAUGCUGAGGUGAGCAUGUUUGCAAGAAAAUAGCUUGGAGAAAUUUAACAUGCGAUUGUGAGCAAUGGCCUGCUUGAUCAGUACACAUGCUUCAACUUUCCUUUGAUAGAACCUGAUCUCUACAGUCUCGCAUAAAUGAAAAGCUUGCAGGAGUAUGAGAAACUCUAUGAUAGAUAUCUUGUUUCUAGUAACAAGGCUGAAUUAUUUAUCAAGAAGGUCUAUGCACUGGAAACAUAUGACGGAACUAGACACAGAGGAGAUAUGCAAAAGGUUAUUAUAAGAAAUCAUGAUUGA